AAGCUUUUUUUUUUUUUUUUUCAAGUUGGCUCCUUUCUCUUAACAAGUUCCGUAACUACUCAGGAAACGCGGGGGUAGGGCAAGUGGGAACGCAUUAAUCACACCUAAAUCUUAAAUUGGCAGCCUAAGGUACCACUUUGGUGAGGAGACUUUCUUAAGCUCCCUUGCAAACUGCCCUGCGUUUUGCUACUGCCGCUGUACUUCUAGCUCAUUUCUUUUCUGCUGCUGAUUCGCACUGCUGUCUGUCACGCCUAAAUCUAUCUCGUCACUGCCAUAGGUGCCCGAAAUCCGGGUGAAUUUCACGAGAUUAACCAGCGGUUUCGUUCCUGUCCAAGGUCGCGCAGCGGAUCCAGAGAGAGACGUCAACAAAAGAGGCGAGGAGGUGCCACCCGGGGGCGGUGGCGGCAGGAGGCGAGGCGCACAACAGAGCUUCCCGACCGGCCGUGCGUACUUUCUGGAAGGAAGGGGUGGGAGACUCGGCCCCGGGAGGGGGACGCCCGGUGGCAGGGGUUAGUCAAGCUCCGGCUGCGGCGUUCCUCCCGGGUUUCCACGAGAGGAAAGUUUUCUCCAGACGCUUCCAGCCGGCCCGCGCCCUCCGAGCCCAGACUUCCCAGCCGUCGGAGCGGGCGCCGUCCCAGCCCAGCUCCGAGGAGACGCCAGCCGCGAUGCCUGGGGGGUGCUCCCGCAGUCCCGCUGCCGGGGAGGGGAGGCUGCGGCUGGCAAGGCUGGCGCUGGUCCUCCUGGGUUGGGUCUCCUCGUCCUCGCCCACCUCUUCAGCGUCCUCCUCGGCGUUGUCCCUGGUCUCUGCGGCGUCCACCCAGCCCCCGCUGCCGGGCCACUGCCCUCCACCCUGCGAGUGCUCAGAGGCGGCGCGCACUGUGAAGUGCGUUAAUCGCAACCUGACCGUGGUGCCUGCGGACCUGCCCCCCUACGUGCGCAACCUCUUCCUCACCGGCAACCAGCUGGCAGUGCUCCCAGCCGGUGCCUUCGCCCGCCGGCCGCCGCUGGCCGAGCUGGCAGCGCUCAAUCUCAGCGGCAGCCACCUGAAUGAGGUGCGUGCCGGCGCCUUCGAACAUCUGGCCAGCCUGCGGCAGCUCGACCUCAGCCACAACCCGCUGGUUAACCUCAGCCCCUAUGCUUUCUCGGGCAGCAACGCCAGCGUCUCAGCCCCCAGUCCCCUGGUGGAGCUGAUGCUGAACCACAUCUUGCCCCCAGCGGACAAGCGGCAGAACCGUAGCUUCGAAGGCAUGGUGGCGGCUGCACUGCGGGCUGGCCAAGCGCUGCGCGGGCUCCGCCGCCUUGAGCUGGCCAGCAAUGACUUCCUCUACUUGCCCCGGGAUGUGCUGGCCCAACUCCCUGGGCUCAGGCACCUGGACCUGCGCAACAACUCGCUGGUGAGCCUGACCUACGUGUCCUUCCGCAACCUGACAUACCUAGAAAGCCUCCACCUGGAAGACAACGCCCUCAAGGUCCUUCACAACGGCACCUUGGCAGAGUUGCAGGGCCUGCCUCACGUCAGCGUCUUCCUGGACAACAAUCCUUGGGUCUGCGACUGCCACAUGACCGACAUGGUGGCCUGGCUCAAGGAGACCGAGAUAGUGCAGGGUAAAUCCAGGCUCACAUGUACAUUCCCAGAAAAAAUGAGGGAUCGUGUCCUGUUGCAACUCAACAGCUCUGACCUGGACUGUGACCCAAUUCUCCCCCCAUCCUUGCAGACUUCUUAUGUCUUCCUGGGUAUUGUUUUAGCCCUGAUAGGAGCUAUUUUCCUACUGGUUUUGUAUUUGAACCGCAAGGGGAUAAAAAAGUGGAUGCAUAACAUCAGAGAUGCCUGCAGGGAUCACAUGGAAGGAUAUCAUUACAGAUAUGAAAUCAAUGCAGACCCCAGAUUAACAAACCUCAGUUCUAAUUCAGAUGUCUGAGAGACGUUAAGAGGACAGAAGAAGGACAACUAUGCAUGAGAUGUAGACUUAAUGCUUUAUCCCUUACUAGGCUUGCUCCACUUCCACCUCCCACUAUAGACACCACUGAUUUUGACUGAAAGCGGUGAGGGGAACUUGCUUCCUUGUUAUGUAAAGUUUCUUGGUGUGUUCUGUUAAUGUAAGAGGAUGAACACCUGGGCAUAGUGUAUUACCCUCUUCCCUUUCCUUGGAACCUGUCAACAAGUGUGGAGGGAUUUUUUAAGGUUCAGCAUGAAUGUGGACUCCUUGCUGUUUGUUUCUUAGUACAGCUCAAGAUGUAGCAAGUAUACCCACACAGAUAGCACUCAACAAAAGCUGCCUCAACUUUUUUGAGAAAAAUACUUCAUUCAUAAAUACCAGUUUUAUUCUCAUGUACCUGAAUUGUGGAGAAAAUAAUUGCAUUCCAUCAACUGCCUGCAGACCUUAGCAAGCUCUUCAGAAUAACUCCAUAGUACACAGGAGCCUGUGCAUCCAAGAGCAUGCUUACAUUUUACUCUUCUGCAUAUUACAAAAAUAACUUGCAACUUCAGAUAAUUACCUUUUUUGAUUGCAGUUUAUAUGAAACUAUAUUGAAGAUUUUUUUUUUAAAAUAAACUGCAUCAAGAGCCAACUGACUGAAUUGUUAAAAAAAAAAAUUCAAUAAAGGUUCUUAAAAGAAUUAUAGCUGUGUCUAAGUUUGCUAUUCAGCAAAAUGAUUAGGGGGACUAAGAUCAAAUAGUUUUGGUCCAAGUGAUAAUUGAGCUAUUAACACAGCUGAGAAUCAAACUGGAGCAACAUCUUAUAUGAGUAAACUUGGGGAUAGGUUUUGAAAUGGUGAGUCCUUUCAGGAUUUAAAUAGAAAGUUUGAAUAUUCAUAUGCAAUAGACUUUGUUUGGCCCUAAAGUUAAUGCUAUUCAUGAAACAAUUUUGUAAGAGCACUAUAAAGUUGGUAAGGGUGAAAAGUCCUGUAUGAUAUAAACAGGGCACCGUUUGGAGCUUUUUCUAGACUAAUGACGUUGUUAGGACAGUAUUAUUUACUUAAGACUCUCCACAGGAAAUUGUUUUAUGGAGUCUUAGAGCAGAGUGUGAAACAAAUAUGCAAAUCAGUGUAUGAAAAUGAAGUGUCAAAAUAGAAUAUUCUAAAAUAAAACAUUAAAAAAUUAUAAGUUAAAAAAUAUUUCCCAAGAUUAUAAUGUACAUUAGACACUUAGAUUUUUUGAGAAUAUUUUAAAAAAUGGAACAUACAUGGUUGAUAGUUUAUCAGAGACCCAGGUAAUACAUUUAAAAAAUUGUCAUGAUAGGAUAUGAAUUCGAGGAAGUAAUCAGAGAUAAAUGUCUAUAUCUGAAAACAAGUGUCCCAAUUAAUCAUAGGUUCUUAAAUUCAGUUCAGUGUUUAAGAAUUUGAAGGUAUUUUGAUUUUAGCUAAACUAAAGAUAUAUAAACCUUCAUGAGGAGCAUCACAUUUAGGUGCAAAUAAAAGCUACUGUUUAAUCAAUUGAUGCUAUCAGUAAUAGACAGUUUUCCUUUUUUGGAGUUUAUUAUCUGCCAUUUAAGCUUAAAAGUAAAUUCUAUUAAUCAAGCUUCAAACUCUUAUAUAAAGUGACUUUAAUUUAGCCAUUAUUGCUUAAAGUAAUAAGUAAACUUGCCAUUAGUAAGUCUUGGGGUUGUCUUUCCUUUUAAACUGGUUAUGUUCUACAGUGCUUUAUGCUUGAAAUAAAUUUUCCAUUUCCAUAUUUUUAUAAAUUAAAUAAGAUCAGAGAAUAGUUUCUAGAAAUCUUUGUCAUUUCCUUCUUUGAAUUAAAUUCUGAAGUUUUCAUACUAGGGCUAAAGAUAUGCGAAUUCAUUCCUUGUUUAGAUUGUUUAGUCAGAAUAUGAAGUUUUAUCUCCCUUAAGUUUAUUAACGGUCAUUUUAUGAAAUAUUAUGGUAUUCAUUAUUUAUAGGUUACAGUUCAGAUCCUAUAAUUACCUGAGAAAAGCCUAAAAAUAUGGCACUUAAUAUUCCAUUAAACAUUUUAAAUGUUCACCAGGAAUUCAUAUCCUGAAUGGCUGCCAUGAUUUCAUUAAGAAUGAUGAAAAUACCAGAAUGCCAAAAAUAUUGAAAACAUCUAAUACCUUAGGAAUUACCUUAGAAAUAAACUGGACUUUAGUUUUUAAGUCUGCUGAUAUUGUAGACAACUACAAAUUAAAAUAUUUAUGGAGCCUUAAUUAGGAAGAAUUGUUUCUUCUGAGUCAGGUGAUAAUCUAACAUUUAAAUACUAUGCUUUAUCCAAGACUCAGGGAAGCUUAGGUUCAUUAGUCCAGCUAUUCUCUUCAAUUCCCUGCAGAAGAAUCUAUGAUAAAGUGAAGCAGAGUUUUUGCCUGUUAGGCUUUUUUGAAGUUAUGAUUGGUUCUUUUCAUCCCCUUGUUUCUACCUUUGUAUAAAUUUCCCAAGUUGUCAGUGCUUUCUUUUCUAUUACAUGACUCCUUGCUAUUCUCCAAUAUAUGACAAUAGAAAAUUCCUAAGGCAAAAAACAUUUAUUGUUUGAAAACUAAUUGCUACUGUCGUGCAGUCAUAAUAUGAUAAAUCUGUAUGUGUAUAUGGCAUUCUAAGUUCAUUGAAAAAUAGGUGCUAUGUAAAUCCAUUAAGUAUAAGCGAAUAUAGGAAAAAUGAAAUAAAAUAAAGGUGUCAUCACUUUAAGAGUACUUGUUCAAAAAAUUUACUUUGGCUGGUUAUACACUUUAGUUGCUACUGAGCUUAACAGAGUUUUCAACUGAAAAGAAAACAUCUUUUCAUUUAUCCUUUGCAAGUUUCCUUUGAAGAAAGUUAGAAAAAUACUUAAAAAUUUAAUCACCUGAUAAAGCUCUCAAUUUAAAAAGCUAUUAAAACGUCCAAUAAGUUUCUAUUUAAAAUGUCACAAACUCUAGGAUAAUACAGCUGUUUGACCCAGAAUUGUAACUCUCUCUUUCCUUGUGACCAUUCGGUUUGCAGCCUUAAUAUAUAUGUCUGAUCAGUGUGGUUCAUUAGUGACCUACAAGGUAGGCUUGUACUGAAGCAGAUAGAUUUUUCUUAUACGAUAAAGAGACCUUGAAACACAUUUUAUAGAAUAUUUUAAAGGAAAAGGAACUACACACUCGGGGGAAACACAGGCUUGGUUGAAAUAAAUGAGCAAAUGACAAAUGAUAAA